AUGCCCAAGAUAGGGCCAAAAAACCAAACCCCCCUUGAAAAGGCCCAAAAAAGGGGUCUGGUGGCCUGUUGGUUGUCUGGUGGCCAGGGAGCGGAGCUCCGGUGGCGGCCGGGUGGCAGGGCGGUGGCCGAAAACAACUGCGCCCGGGGAGCGGACGGAGCCGGGCUGCCGGCAGUUUUGAUAGGCGGCGGCAGCGCAGGGAGGCGGAGACGGCGGACCUGGCCGGCGGGGAGCCGGAGCGGCGAUAUGGAGCGGCCGGCGGCGGCAGUUCGCGGGCGACGAGAGAUGGAGGAACAACGGCGGCGUCCGGAAAAGGACGGAGGGGCCGCCGGCGGGGGCCGCAGGGGCCGGACUGACAGGGGUGGGCGCAGGGGGUGGCAGCGCGGGGGGCGGCGCAGUGGCGGCGGCGGCGGCACGUGGGCGAGGCGCGGUGAGCGCAGGCAGCGGAGCGCGGGUGGCGCGGCGGCUGCGGGCGUCGCCUGCGGCGUGGCGGGAGCUGCCUGGCCGCGACCGGUGGUGACCGCCGGCGGCGGCGGCCGGGCAGUGGCUGCUGGGCGACGCUGCGUUUUAAACUGGCUGCACCUGCCGUUAAACACAAACAGCGUUUUUUUUUUUGGAUUUGCCUCGGUCUGCGUGCCCUAG